AUGUUUACCAGUGGUGGAAACUCUAAAGAACUGAGACUCAUUCUGGUCGGAAAAACUGGAUCAGGAAAGAGCGCAACUGGAAACACCAUCCUGGGACGUACAGGCUCCUUUAAAGUGGACACGUCGCCUGAAUCUGUGACUCACAGCUGUGACAGACAAGAGGUAGAACAUGGUGGCAGGAACGUUGUUGUGAUCGACACCCCAGGGCUGUUUGACACUAAGAAAACACAAACAGAGGUGAAAGAACACAUUGAGGAGUGUGUUAGAAAGUCCGUUCCUGGCCCCCAUGCUUUCCUGUUAGUGAUCAGCCUGAAGUCUAGAUUCACACAAGAGGAGAGGGACACGGUGAAGUGGAUCCAGGACAACUUUGGCUCAGACGCUUCCAUGUAUACCAUAGUCCUGUUUACUCAUGCUGACUUGCUGGGGAGUAAAUCUGUGAAGGACUAUGUGGCAGAGAGUAUUCAUCUGAAAAGACUGAUUAACCAGUGUGGUGGAAGAUACCAUUCACUCAUCAACGGCCAGAGAGCAAGUAGAGGCCAAGUCAGAGAACUUCUAGAUAAAAUCGACGAAAUGGUGACAGAGAAUGGAGGAAGUCACUACACUAAUGAGAUGUAUGAGGAAGCCCAGAGGAAACUUGAGGAGGAAAGGAGGAAGGAGGAGGAGUGGUGUGCAGUGGCAGGUGGUGCUUCUAUGGGAAUGUUCGGUGCAGGAGCGUAUUUCAACAAAGAGUUUCUCCAGGCAAUGGGUACAGUGCUUCUCUCAUUCACUCAAGACAUGAAUUGUGCAAAAUACAUAUUUGAAGAGGACUGACAUUGUGAAAAAAAAGCAGAAGGAAGAAUAAAUGUCAAAGAAUGAGACAAGUAAAAGCUUUCAAUAGACUGUGAUAAGAUGCCUGUAACCCUCAUUUUUACUAAGAAAUGAUUGCGCAUUAGGGGAUUAGGAAUACGCUUCAUGUAUCGGUUUCUCUGUGUUAAUUUGUAAAUACAAAAAAAAUAAAAAAAAAUCUGUGAAGUCUGAAGUGCA